AAGAAGAGAGAAUGAAGAAGAUGAUCGAUGAACGUGAUGAUGCAGUAGACAAGAAAGUUGAAGAAACUAAGGAGGAAGAUCCGGUGGUGAUCACUGCCGCUCCAACUCCGGUGGAAGAAGCGGACGUCGCUCCGGCGGUCGUCGCUCCAGUCAUCGCACCAGUCGUCGCUCCAGUUCCGGUGCUCGCUCUCUUCGCUGUCGUUCCAGCUGACGUUUCGGCCCGCAUCGCUACGGAUCCGUCGAGGAGGUAUGCGGCUGUCGAGGUUGAUCCGAUGAUCCUGGAGGCUGCGCGCGAAGAUCCUAUGGCUCUAGACUUACUUGAGGAAGUGAUUCAAAUGGCCAUUGACCAAGCCACCGAAUCGGCCAACCGCGGAGGCGGAGGCGGAAAGUGAUUACAUGGGCCUUUUCUGGGCUUCUUUUAACUGUUUUCAAUAAAUUUUGGACCCAUUUCUCAGGGCAUGUAUUAAAACGUAUGGGCUUUUUCUAAUCUUUCAUGUUUUAGACUUUUUAAAUAAUGGCUUUUAUUAUUAUCAAGUCAU